UUUCUUAACCUAUAAUUUGAAAAAAAUUUAGUUUUCCAAACGUUAUUUCAUUUGUAUUUAUUUAUUUUUCACUACGUUCCUCAGAUAAAUAUUAAAAUAUUAUUCAUUUUUUACUUCUGAAUAAAAUAAACAAGGCAUGCAGGAAUCUAAAUACCACACAGAAUCAUGUGAAUAAAAAAUACUUCUUAUUCAGAGAUAGGUCUCAACACUUCACAGAUUAGUACUUUGAGGGUAUUCCUUCGAAUUCCAGGAUGAACAUUUCAUGGUGAAGAAGUCUUUGAAAUGAGUUCACUGUAUCUAUUCACAAAAAACUGGAACCGCUUCAGUUUUUUACACAACAAAAGUUCCCUUCUAAAACAAGUAUCUUGUUUUGUACCACUACUAGAACACAGAAUAUAUCUUUACUCUAACAAUCAGAAUAAUGCAGAUGAAAAGGUAUCAAGUGGUAAAAUUAUAUCUAAAGAUUUAAAAAGUAUUUAUGACCAUAAUAAGAACAAGUUAAGGAACACUGAACAAAGAUUGAGAGACAGAGGAACUUUUAUCAUACAAGAUAUAAAAGAAACUAGGGAUAAGGUUAAAGAAAAAGUGGAAGAAGUGAUAGAGAGAGAAAAUGUAUAUACAAUUCCCAAUUUACUUUGUAUCACAAGAAUAUUGUUGUCUCCAUAUCUUGGUGUGCUGAUAGUCCAAUCAGAGUUUGAUUAUGCUCUGGCCAUUUUAGUAAUUGCAGGUGCAACAGAUGUAUUUGAUGGAUGGAUAGCCAGAACAUGGAGAAGUCAAUCUUCCAAAAUGGGAAGUUUCCUUGAUCCAAUUGCUGACAAAGUCUUGAUUGCUACACUAUUCUUGACAUUAACAUAUGUAGAUCUAAUACCAAUGGUUCUCACUGGUUUGAUCAUUGCUAGAGAUGUCUUGCUAGUUACAGCUGGAUUCAUAAUAAGAUAUCUUUCUCUUCCACCUCCGCGUACUCUAAGUAGAUACUUUGAUGUUACUCAUGCAACUGCUCAGUUAGCCCCCACUCUAAUUAGUAAGAUCAACACUGCAGUUCAGUUAUUACUUGUGGGUUCCACAUUGGCAGCACCAGUUUUCCACUAUGUUGGCCAUCCAGCUUUAGAAUGUUUAUGGUAUGUUACUGGAGUUUCAACAGUAGCAGCUGGACUGAGUUACAUGUUAUCCAAAAAUACAUAUAGGAUAUUCAAAAAACAUAAACCCAAUUAAUAGUUUCUAAUUAUUGUUUUGUUAUAAAAAUAUA